AUGAGGGAGAUCGUUCACAUCCAGGCCGGUCAAUGUGGCAACCAGAUCGGAGCCAAGUUUUGGGAGGUGAUCAGUGACGAGCAUGGAAUCGACCCAACAGGAACAUACCAUGGAGACAGCGACCUGCAAUUGGACAGGAUCAGCGUCUACUACAACGAGGCAACAGGUGGCAAAUAUGUCCCAAGAGCCAUCCUCGUCGAUCUGGAGCCAGGAACAAUGGACUCUGUCCGAUCCGGGCCCUUCGGACAGAUAUUCAGGCCUGACAACUUUGUAUUUGGACAAAGUGGUGCUGGCAACAACUGGGCUAAGGGUCACUACACAGAAGGAGCUGAGCUGGUAGACUCUGUGCUAGAUGUGGUGAGAAAGGAGGCAGAGAGCUGUGAUUGUCUUCAGGGCUUCCAGCUCACACACUCCCUGGGUGGUGGUACCGGAUCCGGUAUGGGCACACUUCUCAUCAGCAAAAUUCGGGAAGAAUAUCCUGACCGUUUGACCACCCCAACCUAUGGAGACCUGAACCAUCUGGUUAGUGCUACCAUGAGUGGAGUCACCACCUGCUUACGUUUCCCAGGCCAGCUGAAUGCUGAUCUUCGCAAACUGGCAGUCAACAUGGUCCCCUUCCCACGUCUCCACUUCUUCAUGCCAGGGUUCGCUCCUCUGACCAGCCGAGGCAUGUUCGAUGCCAAGAACAUGAUGGCUGCCUGUGAUCCACGUCACGGUCGGUAUCUGACAGUGGCAGCAGUGUUCCGUACGGCAGUGUGUGACAUCCCACCACGCGGCCUUAAGAUGGCAGUCACAUUCAUUGGCAACAGCACCGCCAUCCAGGAGCUGUUCAAACGCAUCUCAGAGCAGUUCACUGCCAUGUUCCGUCGCAAGGCUUUCCUCCACUGGUACACGGGAGAGGGCAUGGACGAAAUGGAGUUCACAGAGGCUGAGAGCAACAUGAAUGACCUUGUCUCCGAAUACCAACAGUACCAAGAUGCUACAGCAGAAGAAGAGGAAGAUUUCAAUGAAGAAGCAGAGGAGGAGGCUUGA